AUGGGUGUUCUAGUGUCACGUCUUUUCAAGAACAGAGAGAUGAGAAUCCUCAUGUUGGGUCUUGACAACGCUGGCAAGACCACCAUUCUCUACAAGCUUAAGUUGGGCAAAACAUCUAAAACAGCACCCACAGUUGGAUUCAACGUCGAGACAGUGAAGCACAAGAACGUGUCAUUUGCGGUAUGGGACUGUGGUGGACAAGAGCGUAUCAGACCGUUGUGGAGACACUACUUCACGGGCACAAACGCGUUGAUAUACGUGGUAGAUUCGUCAGAUAAAGACCGUCUAGAGGAGUCAAAGAAAGAGUUGAUGCGUGUCAUCAACGACAAAGAGUUGGCAGACUGCUUGUUGAUCGUGUUGGCCAACAAGCAGGACGUGCCUGACGCCGUCAAACCCAAGGACCUUAUCGAGCAGUUUGACAUGAACAGCUUGAGCGGGCAGCACGUGUGGUCUGUCAUCCCCACCAUUGCCAUUGAUGGCACUGGCUUGGCUGAGACCUUGAGCUGGAUCUCCAACCACUCCAAGUGA